ACUCACACGUAGGCAGGAAGAGGAAGUGAAGUUCGCCUCAGUUGUAAAGUUUGUUUGUGAAAAAUAACCAUAACAGACCUACCGUCGUCUGACAACUAAGGCUUUUAAUAUUAUGGGUAACACAGCAACUAAAUUACCAAAGGAUCAGUUGUCGGAGUAUCAGGAGCUCACGUUCCUCACUAAACAGGAAAUACUGCUGGCACAUAAAAGAUUCACUGAGCUCCUGGACAGAAAUGACAGGCAACAAGUCGGUUCCAGGGUACCACUGAAUAAAAUUUGUACGUUGCCGGAGCUCAAGUCCAAUCCCUUUCGAAGAAGGAUCUGCCAUGUCUUCUCCACCUCAGACACAAAGGAUGGGAGCUUAUGCUUUGAAGACUUCUUGGAUCUCCUGAGUGCCUUUAGCGAUUCAGCUACGCUUGAAAUCAAAUCACACUAUGCUUUCAGAAUUUUUGAUUUUGACGAUGAUGGCACACUUGAUCAUGGAGAUCUCGAGAAGUUGGUGAAUUGUCUGACUGGGGAGUCUGCAGACACGAGACUUACUCCUGAGGAAAUGAGUCAGCUCAUAAAUAAUAUUCUUGAGGAAUCAGACAUUGAUAAAGAUGGGACUGUAAACCUCUCUGAAUUUCAGCAUGUUAUCUCCAGGUCGCCAGAUUUUGUUAGUUCUUUCAAGAUUGUGUUGUGAAGACUACUGAGAACAAGAGACAUUUUUAUGUCCAGCUCAUUUUCAACAUGUGUGCACUUUGCUCUUCAGCCAACAUUCCUAAUAUGUUAACAUGUUAAUUGUAAUUUUGGUUGUUGUUUCCAGUAUCUCUAUUUCAACUGCCUUUGUAGUUGCAAAUAUUUUCAAUAUCUCCGUUUAUGUCUAAAACUCACUUGUUUGUUUAAACAGAUAUUUGUAUAUUUGAUAAUAGAUUGUAUUUUCCCUUUAUUUUAUUUUUUUGUGAUGAACUUUUUAUUAUUCAGUUUUAAGACAAAAGGGAAAAGUCCUUAAGAAAGAGAUUUAUCUAUAUAUGAGUCAUGAUGGGACACGCUCCUUUGGAACUGCUGCCACAAAUGUGUUCCAUGAUCCACAGAUAACAUCCUCCACACUCAUUUUACCAUUGGAGAAAAACUCCACAAUCUUUGGUUCAUCUGAACUGCAUCUUGAACCAUGACCCAACUGGCCAUAGAGACCUGUUUUGGAAAGCAAAGUGAAGCUCAUCAGAUCAGGCCACCAAAUUGAACAGUCCACAAACUAGUACUAAACCUUACAAAUCUUACUAAAAAGUAAAAUGUCUUACCCCAUCCCCAGGUGAAGAGAUCACCAGUGCCUAAAAAAUAAAUAUAUUUAAAUAAUUCCAACACCAUAAUAUUCUAAAGACUCAAAAUCUAAACAACAGGAAAGAGACGUUACAGAGUCUUACUGGUGAUGGCCGCUGUGUGGCGGGAUCCACAGCUGACCUUCUUAAUUUCAGAUGCUUCUGAUACAUCCACCAGGGCAGGGAACGCUUGAAUUGAGAUAAACACAUCAGCAGUGCCCUCAUUUUCCUUUUUGCUCCCCUUCAGUUUGUCUUGUUCUAUAGAGAAACAUGCACAUAUCAAAAAGAAAAACACACACUGGCAUAGGUAGAGCGGAGGAGUGAGAGAUGUUCAUGUGCAUGGAGAAGAGUUUUGGCCUGACUCACCAAUUCUUUCUUCCCCACUCUGACGCUCUUCUCUGAGGCCUUUUGACGGCAGGCCAAUUUGUCCGCUCUCAUUCCAACCCCAUACGUACAGAUCUCCUCCAGCUGUGUUCAUGAACACAUGUGGCUUUUGCAGCAUUGUAGGAUGUUUCCACACAGGAUUUUUUUAAAAAAGUAUUUUGCUUUGGUACAUAAUUAAAUGAAACAAAUAAAAAAAAAGAAGAAAAAUCUGUGCAUGGUUGAAAAUGUACUCCUAAAUCUUCAUUGUUCAACAGCCUUUGGCUCAGUGUACAAGUCAGUUUAGCUUCUCCCAUCUACACAUAAGUGUCACCCAUGACCCAGAAUAAACAAUGUUUGGAUUGUUCCUGUAAUUGGCUCACCAUAAACCAUAAUAAUUGAGCCAAGUGACAAAAAUAUCAAAGUCUGAGUAAAUCCUUAUUGUAGGUAAGAGUUAGGGUGAUGUUAUGCAUCAAAUCAACACCUCACCCCAAACACCCGUUAAAAUGAAUAGUUUAGGUAAUGAUGUGUUUUGAGAAAAUCACUGCAACAUAUUUGACAAUUUCAACAGAAAUGAUAAUUCAUCAUUGUAAUUCUCAUCUACAUGUUAAGCUUUAAUAAUCAUUAAGCACAUGUAACUUAUUUUUUCUUGAACCACUGCAACUCGUAUAAAGUGAAAUGAAAAAGAAUUUAAAAAAAAAUUCCCUUGUAGAAUGUGUAAAAUAUCUGUGUAUAAGAACUUUUUUAAAUUUCAUAUUAAAGAGUGCCUGUAAUCCACAGUUCUAAUAAAAGUCUAUGCAGA